AUGUCCUCGUACGCUACUCAACUCAAGUUUGCUCAGGCAUUGUCCAUCAUCCGUGCUAUUCCUCAAAAUAGCACGCUACAACCAAUCGCAUCAGAAAAGCUACAGUUUUAUGGACUUUACAAACAAGCAACAGAGGGAGAUGUAAAUAUACCCAGACCUUCGUCCAGACAAGUCGUAGAGUACGCAAAAUGGAAGGCAUGGAAUCGCAUGAAGGGGAUGAGCCCCAUUGAUGCUCAAAAAUUGUAUGUGGAAUCCCUUGUCCAUUUAUUAUCAGAACUCGUACACAGAUACCCUCGCCAUGAACAGACCGAGUUCCUUAAAAAGGCAUUAAACAGCUUUCAGUACGAUAGCAAUCCAGACAUGGAACAUGAAGAUGAUGACCUCUUUCAAGAUGCAUAUGACCCUACAGAAUUUGAACUACAGGAAAACUUUUUAAAUCAUAUUGAGGCAGAUCAGUUAAUGCAAGAGGAUGUCUUGAAUUCACCUCCUACAUCAGCCACUGCAUCAUCUCCAUAUAGGUCAACACCUCGUCAUAGCAAGCAUUAUAGUAACAGUCGACAUAAUAGCUUCUCUGAUGUUGUAUCAACAAACGACUAUCCCAUCACCCCCAUCACGUCACCAGGGCACACUUCAGUUACUGGUCAAUGGGUAUUGAGUCAAUUGCAACAGCAAAACAAGCAAAACUAUGUACAUCCCAUGGACUUUUUGCAGAAACAACAACAGCAGCAGCCGCACCAACUACAGCAUCAACAAGACAUGCUAUCGGAAGCAGACACACUGGACCGCGAAGUAGCAGCCGCCACAUCCAAACUGGCACUAUCAUCGCCCAGACAAUCACCUUACACUGUAUCAACAGCCAGCAACAAUAGAAAGAAAUCUAACAGCAAACAGCAUCAGCAUUCCUUAUUAUCACCGCAUCUCUCAUCCACAUCCACAUCCACAUCCACAAGCAGCAACAAUAAGAAAAAGUUGAAAAAAUCAGAUCGAGCCCUAGAAAAGCUUCAAACAGAAGUAACUGCAUUGACAGAGCAAAUUGACAGACUGCGACGAGGCAUCAAACUACGAGAAGAAAGAGACAAGAAUCGUAAAUGGAGCACAUUAGGCAUUACUAAAAUGUUGUUGAAACAUUUAAUGGCAAAUUCGGCUAUUUUUCUAAUAGCUUUCUAUAUUCUAUGGAGGAGAAAGUCACCCAUUGCUUAUGCCAUCAUAGGAUAUAUCAUGCCUGUCAUUCAAGACAUGAUUCGUAAGAUUAUACAAAGAAUUGUAUUCUGGAAAGUGACAGUAUGA